CGACGGCAUCAUGUCUACACAUUUCCAUCCGCGUACGUCUACUUCUGCACCGCAGAGCCCUGUUUGCCCUGGAUCUGGUCGCCCGACAAUCCGUGCCAUUACGCCUUCGCCACCGCAUGGCUUGAACAAACCCAUGAGCAAAAGUUGCAGUGAGUUAGAGAAGCCGAGUCACGCGUCGCAAGCAGCGGCAGAGCACCUCUUCAUGCGGCCCAAGAGCGUGGAGAUUUUACAAAAGCACGCUGAGACAAGGCACGCACAACAAGGCUUUCAACAUAGAGAAGCGGACGCCAACAUGCCUGCACUGCGGCGAGGCGGCGCAGUGGCAGGUAGAAAAUCACCCGUCAAGCGCAAACAAUACAGUAAGAGUCAGAGAAGCAGACCAUACAGUACGCCACCAGCAACAUCUUUGCGAGGUAAGAUGCCGAUUGGAGAUCGAAAAGACGACAAAAACGAAGAAAGCUGCGCCAUCAAGCAGGAUGCAAGCAAGCAAACCGAACACCACGACAACAAUGACAUGGACAUAUUUGCCGCCUGUCCGGAUACACCCACACCAAUGACAGCGUCACAAAAGCGAUUCGCAUAUGUCCCUCUCGGCACACCAACUCCAGCUGUACAUUCCCAAUUCGCUUCCAAACCGCGCUCCAGAACCAACGCCGCACCUCCGCGUACCAAGUCAGCCCCGAUCCUAGUCUCAGAUCGUAACCGGCACACUUCCAACGUUGGACUCGGAAAACCACAGCCCAUCCAUAAAGCUCAAACACUGAAUCCACACGGCCCACGCGCAGUCCAGCACAACGAGUCAAAAGUCUCGUCAAAAACCUCACACUCACACCAAUCCCUCCAUAUUAUACAGCAGCCUAACCAGCCAUCCGCACCAGCCCCAGCAACCCAACGUGCCAGAGCACCCGCUCCCGCUCCCACUGUACCCUUACCGCGCAAACCCCUGUCCGCUACCUCCAACAUCUCCAUUCGCACCGCGCACUCGCACCGCAGCGUCUUCAGUACACUGGGCCGCGAUGAGUUGGAGCGGAAAAAGGCGUGUGUGGAGGAAGACGAGGGGCCGUUUGGUGCGGCGAAGAGUGUUGCAGAGUUAGACGAAAAAAAGCAAAGUAUUAAGAGUGGGAAGGAUGGAGGUGAGAAAGGGGGGAUGUGUGGGGGUAGGGCGUGUUGUGAUGUCAUGUGA